UAUAAGGACGCCGAACAGGUGGUCCUCUGGAUGAACACAGUCGGCCCCUAUCACAACCUCCAGGAAACCUACAACUACUUCAGUCUGCCAUUCUGCAAGGGACCGCAAAAGGAAAUUGAACACUACCAUGAAAGCCUCGCAGAAGCACUCACCGGUGUGGAGCUGGAAUUCAGUGGUUUGGAUAUUCGUUUUAAACGUGAGUCUGACAAAAAGGGUUUUUGUGCUCGCUGCAUUCCCCUAGACGGUCAUUGCUGCUGUUUGUCCGAGAAGAGCUGUCUUUGCGCACGUGCGCGGGCAGGGAGGACGGCAGUCUGA